CCGUCUUUGUAAACACAAGAAACCACGUGACCCGGAAGUAACCGAAAGGUUUCCUGACUCCCUCCUCAAACUAAACCGUUGACGGAACCAGCGACUUUGUCUCAUGGAAAUUAGAAGAGGCGGCAUGAACCAGCAAUGUGUCAAGAAGUUACAAAAGGCGACAAGAGAAAAGAUAAGAAAAUUUAACUCUCUGCGUGCUCGGGAGGUGCAGCCCGGGGAGUUUUGGGACGUGGUGGUCGUGACCGCGGCGGACGAGAGCCAGAGAGACGCGUACGAGCUGCAGAUCAGAGGGAAAGUUGACAGAAGAGAACUUCCACUCGGACUUCACUACAAGGUCUUCUCGGAUCCGCCUGGAUCUAAAAUAGGAAAUGGGGGCUCAACUCUGUACGCACUGCAGCAGCUGGAUGAGAUCUAUGGGAAGGCUCUGAGCGGGCUGAGAGUCCUCCUCAUCCACGCAGGAGGGUUGAGUCAGCGUCUGCCCAGUGCCAGCGCAUUGGGGAAGAUCUUCACCGCCGUGCCGCUGGGCGACCCCCUCUACCAGAUGCUGGAGCUCAAGCUGGCCUUGUAUGUGGACUUCCCAUCCCGGAUGAAGCCCGGUGUGCUGGUGACCUGCGCAGACGACAUCGAGCUCUACAGUACUGGCGAUGAGGCGAGUGUGAGGUUUGACAAACCGGGCUUCACAGCUUUGGCCCACCCGUCCUCGCUCUCUAUCGGGACGACCCACGGAGUGUUCGUGUUGGACUCGAACCAAAAGUCGACUGACUCCGACGUGGAGAACGUUUCCUGCCUGCGCUUUCUGCACAAGCCGACGGUCGAGAAGAUGCGAGGCAGCGGAGCCGUGUGUCGAAGGCGGAGCGGGAGCUCGUCUCCGUCCGACGCGGAGUUCGUCUACACGGACAGCGCCUAUUACGUCGACUUCGACGCGGCGAAGUCUCUCCUCGCUCUGCUGAAGGAGCUGGGGCCUUUGGACUGCGAGGUCGACGCAUACGGGGACUUCCUCCAGGCUCUGGGCCCCGGAGCCACGAUAGAUUACACCAGCGACGCCGCCAAUGUCACCGAAGAGGAGAGCAGCCUGGCGGAGGUGCGCCGAAAGAUCUUCCGCUUUCUGAAGGGGACUCCCUUGAACGUCGUUCUGCUGAACGACUCCAAGUUUUACCACAUCGGCACCACGUCGGAGUACCUCUUCCACCUCGCGCAGGACGCGGCGCUGAAGAGCGAGCUGGGUCUCCUGGCGUCCGCCUUCAGCGUCAACGCGGACGCGGGAGGCUGCGUCAUGGGCAGCGUGUUGGAUCCGGGUUGCCGCGUGGCAGCCGGGUCGGUGGUGGAGUACUCCAGGCUGGGGGCGGGAGCGUCCGUCGGGGGGGGCUCCAUCGUCAGCGGCUGCUGGGUCGGCGCGGGCCUCUCGGUGCCCGACGGAGUCUUCAUGCACUCCCUGUGUGUGAACGACACACGCGGAACCGGGUUCGUAACCGUCGCCUUUGGGAUCGGCGACAGCUUGAAGCGCAGCGUGGACGCACCGGCGCACACGGAGGACCUGCAGCUGUUUGGCUUCAGCCUGGCGGAGCGUCUGCGCCGCUGGGGGCUGGACGGCGAGGCGCUGAGGUUCUCCGGCGACGCGUCGAGGUGUAGCUUGUGGAACGCGUGUUUGUUUCCCGUGUGCCCCGAUCAGCAAGGCUCGUUCUCUCUGUCUCUGGAGAUGCUGCAGGCCGCCCUCGGGGGCUCGACGCUCACCUUACCCACGGGCACGACGCUGAUGUCUAUGCAGGAGUCCUUACAGUGUAAGAACCUGGAGGAGAUGUUGAAGUUCAGGGAGGGACUGUAUGAAGACAUCACUCGGAGGAAAGCCAACGAUCGAAGUUAAUAAUCGAGAUUAUCAGUCUUUUUAAGUAUGAGAUAAAGUUGAAGUUUUCAUCCUUCCAUUUACGGUUUUGUAAGUUCUACUGAUAGAAUGUAUAACUUUCUUUUAGACGUAUUUCCCUCAUUGCCUCAUCCACAGCACGGCUCUACAUAGACGUGUUCAUUGUCUCAUAACAGUCAAGAGAAAGGGGACUUCAAAACUCGUAUUUAUUAAUGAGACUUCUUCACAGCAGACAUUUUGGUCAUGUUUAACCAAUAACUAUAUUCAAAUUGCCACAAUGCAAUAAUUGCUGGAUUAGAGUUGAUGUUACUUAGUGACCCAUAAUCCUGCAAUGAAAAGUCAACAUAUGUCAGAAAGAAGAAAUAUACACUGAUGUAUAUAUAUAUAUAUAUAUAAUUAUUUAAUUAUAUUUUAAUUUGAACUUAUUUUAAAGCCCCACUAUGUAGUUUUUCCCUUUUAGCGCCCCCUUCAGUUUUUGAGGUAUUUAACGUUUACUUCAGUGUCGUAAAUACCCAGUUACGAUAGACGCAGCCUCGCAGACACUUGUAUUGAGUUAGGAUCAUGUGUUGUCCUGUAUUAUAAUAAUAAUAAUAAUUAUUGUUAUUAUUUGUACGUGUCACGGGUUAUAAAAGGUGACGAGGGGGAGGUGACGCAAGUUUUUUUUUGUUUGGAGCGCGCUGACAGGCGGCGGACUCAGAACGGCAGCAAUCCGGCGACUGUUUCUAUUUUGGAUUUAUACCAACGGGCGGGAUCACUAAUACGAAGACUGCGCAGGAACACUGUGAACUGGGCCCAGCACCUACCGGACUAGGGUGAAGUAGCGCGGGGAUUGAACGCGGCGCCUCGCCACGUCUCCGCCUGGUCGGUCAGCUGUUUGCCGGCUUUUGG